AUGAAAGGAAAUCUUGAUGAAGAUUUAAAGGAUGCUAGAUAUUUGUCAGUUUUAUGCGAUGCCAGCACUGAUACUAGUGUAAAAUCACAAGAACUAUUUUACGUGUUAUAUGUGAAUAAGAACAGUCGUAGUACUUGCAAAUUUAUGUCGGUUGAAACAGUUGAAAACGAAGAUACUGCAGGGCUAAAGGAAGGUAUGAACGAAGCUUUUGCCCGUUUUGGCAUUACAAACUUCGAAUCGAAACUAGCUGCAACUGGUCUACAUGGGGCAAGUGUUAAUAUGGGGAGAAAUACUGGUUUAGCAGCUUGUCUAAAAGAAGUCACUCCUUGGCUCACUGUCGUCCACUGCUUCAAUCACUGUCUAGAAUUAGCUGCUGCCGACGCAUUCAAUGCUACGUUUUUUUCACAAGUAGAUGAAAUAUUGCGUCAACUGUUUUCUUUGUACCAGACGUCACCCAAGAAACUGAGAGAGCUGAAAAAACUAGCUGAAGUGUAUGGAGAAACUGUCUAUAAGCCCAUCAAAGCAAGUGGGACAAGGUGGAUAGAUCACAAAGUGCGCGCAACGCAGGUUUUCCUGGAGAACUACGGCAUGUAUAUGCAGCAUCUUGAACAGGCCGCAACUACUUCACCUGAUGCCCAAAAGCAGAAGAUAAAUGGCUUCCUAGCUAAAUGGAAAGACGCUCGUUUCCCAAUGUAUGCUUCUAUCUUUGUGGACAUUAUUGGUCCUUUGCGUGUUCUGUCUCUUGGACUACAAACUGACGACAAUGAUCCAGCUAAAGCUUUAAGGAGAAUCAAGGAAUUUGACUGGAAAAUGGUCAAGCUUCAAGAUAGUACAUUUGGCAAGGCUACUUUCGAUAAAUUUAGGGAGGAUUGCAAACCUACUGGUGAUGACAAGAACCAGAUUUCGUAUCAAGUUGUGCUCACAAAUUGUCCCCGUGCACUAAAUGGAGCUGCGGGACAACGACAAGAGUGGAUAGAUGCGAGUAUCCUUUGUUUGGGCAAUCGCUUUAGUGAUCUUCAAGAGACACCAGUUUACAAACACCUUUGUCCAAUUAUAGACACCCAAUCCUGGCCAGGUGAGGAAGUUAAUUUGGUGAGCUAUGGAGACGAAUCGGUUACGCUACUUGUCGACCACUUCAUUCAGCUUUUGAAGCAUAACGGAUGCGAUGUGUCGCACGAUACGAUGCUGACAGAAUGGAGUGGGCUUAAGUUGUUGAUUUCAGAGACGUAUGGCAGAGCUAUACCAUACUUAGAUGUUUGGGCUGCCAUUCUCUCUUCACCAGUUAGUAAAGAAAAGUUUUCAAAUGCUAACAUUGUGGAACUGUUAUUAAUUACGCCCAUCUCUAAUGCUGUGGUUGAGCGAAUGUUCGCAACAAUGGCCAGAAUGAAGCCACACCUACGUAACAGAAUGUCAAGAGAAAGAUUGGACAGUCUGUUACAAAUUAGUGAGGAGGGUCCAUCAGUGGAAGAUUAUGAUCCAGCUCCCGCAAUAGAGCGGUGGUAUCAACAAAAGAAACGAAGGAUUGGAUAUGGAGGCCAUGCUUACCCAGAGAAGCGAAAGAGCGUCGAUACGUUAGACGCAUCAAGCUGA